UCUAAUUACAACGAGUACUCAUUUAGUAAGAUGGAGACGGAGGGUACACACCCUAUAUUCCUUUUAAUUUUAUUAUUUAACGACUCAAGAAUUUUCGAUUUCAAUUUAUAAACUUCUACAUAAUGACUUAAGGUAUUUCCUCAUUGGUUCCAUCAAAAAUUAGAGAACGCGUACAAGCUUUACAAGGUACUUUAUUGCUGAAAACGACAAAUCUUUGAGCCUCUCGUGCAAUAAAUCCAAACACGAAUUUUCAAAUCAGUGGAUAUUUUCGGGAAAAAAAUAAAAUGGACAUUAAUUUCGAUGAUCUUGCCAAUGAUCAUGAGAUCAUUGCACGGUUACAACAAAUGCACAACUCCAUAGUAAAAAUUGAAGAUACACUAAAGCUUGUAAAUAACCCUGGGCUUUAUGAUAAACUUUCUAAUGCUGACAAAAUAAAAUAUAAUUUAUUAAUGUCAUUCGGUCUCAAUAGUUUGUUUUGGAUGUACUUGCGCCUAGAAGGUAUUGACCCCACGAAACAUAAAAUCAAGUCAGAAAAUGAUCGUUUGAAGAAAGCAAUGGGACGUGCGAAAGAAAUUAACGACAGCAAUACAAAAAUGCCUCGGUUAAACAAGGAAGUUGCGAAAAGGUUCGUGAGAAGUGGAUUAUGGGAACCACGAGAAAAUGCCGAAUCUGGAGAACAAGAAGAGAAAACAUGGGAUUGUCCAUAAUUACAUAGCAAUUUAUACGACCCCUAGCGGACCGGGUGGACGAAACGGAUACGCUACGGCGUAUCCUUAUAGUAUUCACAUUGUAUCCUUUCCGUAACUUGCAAAAAAAACUUAAUAAAAACAGCAAGAUGAGUAUUUAAAUUGUUUCAAUUAUGAUUCUACUUUAAAAUAGCCAUUAGAAGGUCAUAGAGUAAUUGCAAUAGUUUUUCUUGCAGCGUUAAAAUUUUUAAAAGUAUAGUACCUGCCAUUAACGUUUGCUAAAGGUGAUUUCAAUCGCAACGAUAAUAAGUAAAGUAGCAUAUGCUGCUUUCAUACGGUACGAUGCGCUUGAAGUCGCCCUCAGCAGGCAUUAAUGACACGGACUGUAUUAAAAAAAAAACUUUUAACGCUUUAAAAAAAAAAACUUUUAACGCUUUAAAAAAAAAACUUUUAACGCUUUAAAAAAAAAACUUUUAACGCUUUAAAAAAAAAACUUUUAACGCUUUAAAAAAAAUUUGCAAUUACACCAUGACCUUCUAACGGCAAUUUUAAAGUAGAAUCAUAAUUGCAACAAUUUAAAUGUUCAUCUUGCUGUUUUGAUUAAGUUUUUUUGUAAGUUACGGAAAGGAUACCAUGUGGAUACUAUAAGGAUACUCUGUAGUGUAUCCGCUCCUUUCACCUGGUCUGCCAGGAACAUAAUGUAAAUGUAAUUUAUAUGACAUAAUAAAGGACAUACUUUAAAAUAAAGAAA